AUGGCGCUGACGGCCGCGUCGCUGGCCACGAGCGCAACCCUUCCUCGCCAAGCAGGGCUGCUGGGAGGACUCCUGGCAGCCGCAGGAGCGCCCAAGACCAGCCCUGGACACUUUCCGGGAGAUGGACACAACCACGGAGGAUCAGGGUCAGCUUCUGGGUCCUUGAGUGGCUCCUUCAGCAGUUCAGGAUCAAGUAGCGGUUCCGCAAGCGGUUCAUGGAGUGGUUCUGCGAGUGGAUCAGGAUCUGGCUCUGGGUCGGGGUCCUUCAGCGGUUCCUGGAGUGGUUCUGCAUCUCGUCAUGAAAGGUCCCUGCCUGAACGCAGUGGAUCCUGGAGUGGGUCUGGUUCCAUUUCAGUUUCUGGAUCAGGAGAUGGCUCUGGUUCGAUCAGCGGUUCUGGAUCUAUUAGUGGUUCUUGGACAGGAGAUUCGACUUCUAAUAAACCUGAUUCUGGAAGUGACGGCGGUUCUUCUUCCAACAAACCGGAGAUUGGAAACAAUGGCGGUUCUACUUCCAACAAACCAGGAAUUGGAAACAAUGGCGGUUCUACUUCCAACAAACCGGGAAUUGGAAACAAUGGCGGUUCUACUUCCAACAAACCGGGAAUUGGAAACAAUGGCGGUUCUACUUCCAACAAACCAGGAUUGGAAACAAUGGCGGUUCUACUUCCAACAACCGGGAUUGGACAUGGCGUUCUAUUCACAAAUGGCGGUUUCCCG